GGAAUAUAUCUGGAUUUCUACCCACACACAAGAAUUUCCUAACUCACUUCACAUAGAAGCAAUCCACCCACAACCAGAAAAGAAGGAAUGUGUUAAACUAUUGUAGAUGUGGUUGAGUUCAGAGUAAUUCGUGUUAAUGGGAAAUAGCACAUGGGUGACAGAAUUCAUACUCACUGGGUUGACAGAGGACCCACACUUGCAGCUGAUCCUUUUUGUGAUAUUUUUUGCUAUUUAUGCCAUCACCUUGAUGGGAAAUGUGGGCAUGAUUAUCUUAAUCAGAACCAGUCCUCAACUCCACACACCAAUGUAUUUUUUCCUUACCAGCUUAUCUUUUCUGGAUACCUGUUAUUCAACAACCGUCACCCCAAAGUUGUUAUCCAAUUUUUUAAAAGAGAAGAAGUCAAUUUCCUUUGCAAGUUGCUUUACUCAGCUUUACUUUUAUGCCAUAUUUGCCACCACAGAGUGCUACCUCUUAGCUAUGAUGGCCUAUGAUCGCUAUGUGGCAAUCUGCAAUCCACUACUCUACUUAAUCACAAUGUCGCAAAGAAAAUGCAUUCGGCUGAUAGCAAUUUCCUAUAUUGCUGGGAUCAUUAAUGCUUCUAUACACAUAAUCGCUAUGUCUAAACUAUCAUUCUGUGGCCCUAACUUCAUUAAGAAUUUUUAUUGUGAGAGUCCUCCCCUUCUUGCUCUUUCCUGCUCAGAUAUCAGUCUUAACGAUCUGCUGUUAUUUGUAUUUGUAGGACUCAAUAUAACAAUAACAAGCCUGACUAUUCUCACUUCAUACACUUAUAUCCUGAUCACCAUUUUAAAGAUCCGUUCUGCCACGAGCCGUAGAAAAGCUUUCUCCACUUGUACAUCUCAUCUUAUAGUUAUCACCAUUUUCUAUGGCUGCGGUGGCUUUAUGUAUGCACGGCCAAGCUCUAGGGAGAAUUAUAACCUAGAUCAAAUGGCCUCAGUGUUCUAUGUAGUGGUGACCCCCAUGCUCAACCCAUUAAUCUACAGCAUGAGGAACCAGGAGGUAAGGGGUGCCUUCAGAAAUAUCCUAGGAAGAAAAUGUCAUUUUCAAUACUUUUAAGAAUCAUUGCUUUUUGCCAAAAUUUAGUGUUACAUAAAGUUGUUCCAGUAGUAAAUGUUUUUUAGCAUUGUGUCUUAUUAAACAAUAAAUCACUAGGCUGUAUAGUUUUCCUAGAGCUCUAGUAUUAAUUAUAUAUUUGCUUUUAAAGUAAUGUAAUAAAUACAUUUAAAAUUUCUUUAAAAAUUAUGCAAUCAUUGUGUCUUAAAUGUUAAGACACAAUGAUUUUAGAAUGUAGAAAAAUCUAGUUCUCUCUUCCAAAUUUCUUUUAUCUUGCUAAUAUUUUUUCUUCAUUGCGUAUGAAAUGGCAUUGUUGGUUUAUUCUGUAAAAAAGUCUUGAUCUGGCACAUUCAAAUCCAUAGAAGUUUCCAAGGCAGUUGAUAUUACAUUUCACAGAGCAUGACUGUGACAAAUACUUUAGCUGUAUAUAUUGCUAUUUAGACAUAGUUUUUUGAAUCCUUCAAAAUUCUAGGUUUGAUGAGAAUCCAUUUUUAUAAUAUGUUCCAGAAAUUUAAUUUGUAGUAUAUUGACUUUUCCUAUAUGUAAUGAGGCCCCAAUGCCCAUUAUAUAUUUUUCAGAAUGUAUUAUUUAAUCUAUCUACCAGUUAUUUGGUAUUAUCAGAAGCUUCACAAAGCCAGCAUUUAAAGGACAAAUUAUUGUAAUACCUUCAGCAAUUUUGUGUCACAGUUGCCAUCAAAAUGAUUUCAUCUAUGAUCCUGGGCAAUCCAUUUCUGUUUUUAGAAUAGCUAUAAUACAAACCUUAUGAAAUAAAUCAUUCCCAAAUAAAAAUAGCCAUAUAAUCAUUAAGUACAAAAAGCACAAAUUUCAGUUCAGAUCAAGUUCAAUGACUUGUGGGACAACCCUACAUAAUCUCUUAUUCAUUUGUUGAGCCCUUCCUUAAUUUGACUAAGAUUUAAAUCCCAAAUCUCCCCAUUCUCCAACACCAGAAGUGAAGAAAAUGCUAUACUAUUUUUAUGUUUCACUUAACUGAAUAAAAUUUGCAGGAACAGAACUUCACUAGGAAAUAAAAUAAAAUUACUGUCAAGAUUUAUUGUUAUGUCUAUUCUUAACUUUUACUGGAAUAACAUUCUGAUCCAGUCUGCUUUGGAAGAUUCCUGCUUCCCAAUGAGUCUGAUCUGGUGGAGUUAAUUCAUAUUUCAAACCUCAUCUGAAGUUUACAGUUAACUAUGGCCUAAGUAGGCUAGAUUGUUUUAGAGACCAAUUAAAAUUAGAAUCCUUACCAUAGUGCGUUUUAUGGAAACAACUCAGGGCAGAACAAGGUGAAUUUCUCUUGCUCUGUAAUCAGAGUUUUUCUGGGAGCAAGAAAUAAAAUAACAGCACUUGUGAUGUUUGCAGGUAGUGACAAAUGUUGGUGAUUGGCUCAGUCUAAGUGAAAGAAUGAGUAUGGGUACUGUAGACUACAAUUUUCAUUUAAUUAUGGCACAAAGUUAUGAUUAUGCUGAAAA